UCAGAAGAAGUCAGCUGAUCUGAUUAGUUCUCCAAUGUACCGUAACCCUAAUUUCGCAAAAAAGAACACAAAAUUCGGAUGGUCAAGCAGGCAAAAUUGAUGAAAAAGGCAACACUAAUUAACAUGGAUAAUUUGACUUAUUCCUCUUAAUCGAGCCGUGUUCAGCUUUUCAAAAAUCUUCAAAGUAAGCCAAAUUAACUGAUAGAUAAUUUGUUUACGUUCGCUUGCCUCUGUCAAAAUAUGUCUGAUAAUCUCCUCUCGAAGGCGAACAAUUCGAAAGGUCGUCGUGGAGCGAGAGCAAUAAAAAAGAAUUCUGAUCCGACUGUCAACGAUGUUUCGCAAAUUUUAUCUUCUAUGCUAAAUUUGUCCAUCAAACCUCAAACGAGACCUCCACGACGGCCAAAAGUUUCAAAAAAUCAUCAUGAAUUUCUCUGUAAAAAUUCCGAAAUUCACCAAAUGGUCACAGACUCGAAUGUGUUCGAAAUAUCCCCGAAGAGACUCAAUAAAUUGAAAAGGAAGGAAAACAUUUGUGAAAUUCAGGUUCAGGAAACUGUCUCUGUGCAAAAUCGCGAAAUCGUGUCAGUGCAAACUCAGGAAAUUAUCACAGUGAAAAAUCAGGAAAUCGUUUCAGUCGAGUCAAAGAAAAAAGUUUCUAUACAAACUGAAGAAAUCGAAUCUGGAAACAGUGCCGAAGUUGUUUCAAAUGAGACAAAUUCUGAGCAGAUUACACACAAUGAAGAUUCUCCUGAAGAGCAGAAAAAGAUUUCGUCGAGACAGAAGAAACGACAGAGAUGGAGAAAAAAGAAAGGGUCAGAAAAUCUAAUUGAGGAGUCAACUAGCGUUGAAGUACAAGGCACAGAAAAUGUAUCUGGCGAAGUCGUGACCGUAAAGACCCUAGCGACAAAAACUUUUUCCAAAUCCAAGGCAGAAGGUAAGUCAAAAUCCGAGAAAAAGUCGAAAGAUGAUGGAAAGUCGUCAGGUAAAAAGUCUCGAGCGGAGAACGAAACAGAGGAUCCGUCGAGUUCCGAGCAGGAGAAAAAUAAAAAGUCUGAGAGGGACAAAUUUCCUCCCUCGAUACCAGUACAAGAAGCCCGGGAAUUGUUGGAGAAGCAGCCGAAAGAUAAUCCCACCUAUAUCGAGGGAAAUAUUCGUAUUAAUAUGAAAUUCAGCAAACAUGCUUACUUGUCAAUGUCGGGAGGCGCUAUGGAUAUUUUGAUUAUCGGUGCUCGCGACCGAAAUAGAGCUUUAGAAGGAGAUUUAGUCGUUGUUUGUAUAAAUCCCGAGGAGAAAUGGUUCAAACAUCCAUCAGAAGAGGUGCAGAGAACGGGAGUGGUUGUCUCAAUUCUGGAAAAAGUUCAUCCAAGGAAAACAGUCGGAUUUAUUAAACAGCAGCAGAAUGGCGUACUUUUUUAUCCAAGGGAUUCGAGGACGCCUUUGUUGAGAAUCUUGAAUCCUCAAUUGUUACCACCUGCUUUUUCUCACAAUCCGGACUCGUUUAAAGAAAUUCUUUUCUUGGCUGACAUUGUCUUUUGGAAAAAGCCUUUUUACGCUUUUGGGAAAUUGAUACAAUCGGUUGGUUGUACUGGCGAUUUGAGAGUUGAGACAAAUGCUAUAUUGCUCGAAAAUGAUUUAGAUAUAAAACCAUUUGAUGAUAGCUUAUUGCGAGGGCUUCCACCUAUUGGCUACAUUCCAACUGCCAUGGAUUUGGAGGGAAGGGAAGAUUGGAGAAGUAGUUGUAUUUUCACAAUUGACCCAGCUACUGCUGUCGAUUUAGAUGAUGCAGUUUGCUGCAAACCUUUGGACAACGGCAAUUACGAGGUCAGCGUUCAUAUUUCCGAUGUAACUCACUACUUGGAAGCCUUUACGCCCCUGGAUAAACGAGUAGCUGAUCGAGCAACCACUGUCUACCUCGUUGACAAUGUUUAUCACAUGCUUCCAAAACAACUCUACCAAGUUUCCUCUCUCCUCCCAGGCGAGGACAAAUUAGCCUUCUCCGUUAUUUGGGAAAUGACGCCAACGGCCGAGGUAAUUAGCCACCGAUUUGCCAAGACUGUGAUCAAUUCCUGCUGUCAAAUGGCCUACGGUCAAGCACAGGCCAUGAUAGAAAAUCCGACGCAUGAUUGGUCCACUGAUCCCACUCUGAACAUCAAGGGACACUUUGUCGGCUCUCAAUUAUCCACGAUGGUCAACAAUUUGUUUAAAUUGUCCUCGCAAAUGCGAGAGAGGAGAUUUGCCACCGGAGCUUUGCGGAUAGAUCAGCCCAAAUUGUACAUUAGUCUCGACAGAGAAACGGGGAUUCCGAUCUCGUGUUCCAUUGAGGAGCAAAAAGAAAGCAACAAACUCAUCGAAGAGUUUAUGUUGCUGGCUAACAUGACAGUGGCGAGACAACUUUAUGACACUGUUCCAGAAUCAGCUUUACUCCGAAGUCACAAAGAGCCGUCGCUGCGAGUUUUGACUCAAACUCGCGACAUGCUCGAAAAGUUUGGAGUGAUUUUGAAUAUUGAAUCGGCUGGUACUUUGCAAGAGAGCUUGAGUCAAUACGAGUCGGAAGUUAGCAACGAAUCGACGGAAAAUUUCGCGGCAAAGUGUAGAAUGAUAGUCAUUAAUUCUCUCUGUGCCAAAUCCAUGACGAGGGCAAUUUACAGAUGCUCAAAUUCGAUUAAAGAGGAGGAUUCUUUAAGACAUUAUGCUUUGAAUGUUCCUCUCUAUACGCAUUUUACUUCGCCUAUACGUCGUUAUUCUGACUGUAUUGUCCACCGUCUAUUGUAUGCUUCGAUUAGAAAUGUCGAUUUACAUCCAAAGUGGAAUUCUUAUUUGUGCACAAAACUAGCAACGAAUUGCAACGUUAAGAAGUAUUCUGCGAAAGUGGCUCAGGAACAAAGCAACGAAUUAUUUUUCACGUAUCUCCUUGACUUGAGAGGUCCCUUGAACACGCAAGCUGUUGUCAUGGAUGUGAAAAAUCGAAGUAUCGACGUGAUUAUUAUCGAGGUGGGACUAAAGGCUCGUGUUUAUUUUGCUGACAUGGAGGAAGAAGUUACAGCGGAAUAUGCUGAGGAGCGAUCUGUUCCCACGAUCAAACUUAGCUGGAAAGGAUCCGAACUCAAACAGAUUAUAAACGUUUUUAGCAUAGUAGACGUGAGAAUUCAGAAGCAUCCCGCGCUCUUUCGUCUACACGGCGUUCUCUUGCCUCCUUCUCCCAACAUCAUGAGCGAAAUAUUUUAAAAAUUGAAGGAAAAGAGUAACGACUUUUAUUUCAUCGAAUCUUGAAAGAAGAAUAUUGGAUUUUAGUCUCGAAUCACGUUUUUAUUGAAGGGAUCUCGAAAUUCAAUGCCUCCAGGCAAUUUGUUUAUUCAAAUUAAAUUUUAAGUUGAAUAUUGAACUCAAGAGUUCGCGAAGAAACUUCUUUGACAAUUAUUGUUUUUUUUUAUUUUUUUCGAACUUACGUCGAAGAUACUUCCCUUUUGAAGUAAAAAUUUCUAGAUUUUGUCUUUAAAUUCGUCUUUCUAGUGGUCUUUAUACUACGGCAGCUUUUUUUUUUAGAAAGAUUUACUCUCUUAGUACCUGAUUUUCUUUCACGUACAAUGUAACAGUAACAGUACAAAAGUAAACAAAAGUUUAAGUUUUUGAUUUUUCUUUUUUCGAGAGCAUUGCAAUUUAUCAUUGCAAAAUUUGCAGCUGAGAUUAUUCAAGGAAAAGAUUCUUGUCCGAAGAAAAUUUUGUUUCGUACACGAUGGAAUGAGAAAAGAUUUUUUUUUAAACUACCACUCUGAUUUCGUCCGUAAUUUUUAUUUCUGAAAAUGUUCUCAUUUCAUAAGAGUCUAUUUUGAUGUUUCCUUUUUAUAAAUACGUAAUUUUUUUUGAAGCUGUGAUUGUCCACUACGCUUUUUUUUAAUGAAUAAUACCCAUAUUUAUGAUAUUGUUUACCUAAAAAAAAAAAAGAAAAAAUAGUUUAAAGGUGCAAGAAAAUAAUUAAAUGUUUGAAAAUUUGGAAGAAUUUCUUGUGAUCAAAAACUCAAAGAAAUAUUCUUUAUUCGAAAAAGUUGCGCUGCAUCGAAAAAAUUCGUACAGGUGAUUAACGUCGAUUUAUUUGGCUCAGUGUUUCUACUGUGUACUUAGAAGUCAGACGCGUAUUUAGAACGCCUUUUAUUAUUUUUUUUUCCUUUAAAAAAAUAAAUAAAAAGACUGAUUUUAUCAUCUAGAGAUCGAUUUAAAUCUGAUAUCUUUUAAAUACGCAUCUGAAAGCUGGAAAGCAAAAUAUUGUAUCUUAAACGAAUGUAAUUUUGUAACUUGCAUCAGAGGAAUAAAACUUUUUCGAAGCAUCAAAA